UGGCUGGCGACCAGUCCAGGGUGUACCCCGCCUGUCGCCCGAAGUCAGCUGGGAUACGCUCCAGCAUGCCCCGCGACCCUAAAGAGGAGAAGCGGUAUAGAAAAUGGAUGAAUGGAUGGAUGUAUUAAUCUCUUCAUUAUUACUUGCCUCGCCCGCACAUAUCAUCCAAAGAAACAAAUCGAGCGCACCUAUGCUCAGUCCUCGUCUUUUAUCGCGUUGUUUGGACACAGCUGAUCGUUCCAUGCUAGACAAAAUAAAGCAGGCCAGGCUAGCAGGACUCACUCACAGGUUAUCACCCCCCGGGAGCGGGAGAGCUGUCGGGCCAAAAGUAAGCAAGGCUGCGGUGACAGGAACCAGGACUCCUUCUUCUUCGUUCACCAUGGAACCCUUGACAGUAGCGGAUAGCUAACAUUAGCAUUGUCCCGCUUGACAGGGAACGAUGGCAACAACAACAAAAAGCAGCUUAAAUGGUACCUUAAAUGUCAGUCCUGUUGUCUGUUAAAGCUGUCUGCCGCAAUGUCCUGCUCUGGAAACCUGGUUUGGGAUGUAAAUAAACGCCUCAUUGGAUACAGCGAGCCUAACUGCAUCAGGACUAACUAUUUAGGGAGAAGAGAGUUCGUUCAGAGGCUUAAACUCGAAGCAACCCUGAAUGUACACGAUGGCUGCGUCAACACCAUAUCGUGGAACGACACAGGAGAAUACAUCCUGUCAGGGUCAGAUGAUACCUUCCUGGCAAUUACCAACCCGUACAACAAAAAGGUCAAAAAGUCAAUACGGUCUGGUCACCGCGCCAACAUCUUCAGCGCAAAGUUCAUGCCCCACACCAACGACCAGGAGAUCAUCUCCUGCUCCGGGGACGGGAUCAUCUACUACACGCACACAGAGAAGAGCGCCGAGUUCAACAGGCAAUGUCAGUUCACCUGCCAUUAUGGCACCGCCUAUGAGAUUAUGACGGUACCAAACGACCCCUACACCUUCCUGUCGUGCGGGGAGGACGGCACGGUGCGAUGGUUCGACCUCCGCACGAAAACCUGCUGCACUAAAGAAGACUGCAAAGAUGACAUCCUAAUAAAUUGCCGCAGAGCCGCGACAUCCAUCUCCAUCUCUCCCCUGAUGCCCUACUACCUAGCGGUGGGCUGCUCUGACAGCUCUGUGCGCAUUUAUGACAGACGCAUGCUGGGCACCAGGGCAACGGGUAACUACAUGGGUCGGGGGACAACAGGCAUGUGCGUGAGGUUCGUGCCCGCCCACCUGUCCAACAAGUCGUGUCGUGUGACAUCUCUGUGCUACAGCGAGGAUGGCCAGGAGGUGCUGGUCAGCUACUCCUCAGACUACAUCUACCUUUUUGAUCCCAAAGAUGACCAGGCCCGAGAGCUCAAGGGACCCUCGGAGGAGAGGAGGGAGGAGCUGAGGCAGCCGCCAGUGAAGCGCCUUCGUCUACGAGGUGACUGGUCGGACACCGGACCCCGAGCUCGUCCCGAGAGCGAGAGGGAGAGAGACGGUGAGCAAAGUCCCAAUGUCUCUCUAAUGCAGAGGAUGUCGGACAUGUUGUCACGGUGGUUUGAGGAAGCUAGCGAGGCUCAGAGCAGCAGAGGGACGCGCCCUCCUUCACGGCCCCGAGGAACAGCUGUCCGCCCCAAUAUUCCCGCUGCAGCUGCAGUUGCCUCCAGCCAGGCGUCCAGCCCCCCUGAAAGGCCAGCGCGGGCAGAGGCAACGACAUCCUCACCUGCAUCCUCUUCCUCAUCAGAGUCCUCAACGUCUGCUGUGCUACCUCCUGUGGAGGGUUCUGCAUCGCCCUCCUCUACAGAGGCCGGCCCAAGGAGGCAGGCCCCGACGACAGCAGUCACCUCAGAGACGGCGCUCUCAGAGUACGGCCCUCAUCGACUGCCGAUAAGUUUAGUAUGUAGGCGUUUGCAGAGAUUACUUCGCCUGGCUGACCCCCCAGGACAGGGGCGGCGAGCGGCCCCUUCUUCUUCUUCCUCCUCCUCCUCUUCCUCCUCUGCCUCUGCACCCCCAGAGAGACAGUCACAAAGACUGGCUGCCACUGCUCCUGCUGAGAUGCAUCCCCAUACAGAUUCCCCAUCGUCCGUGGUAAACAAGCAGCUGGGAUGCAUGACUCUUGAUGAGCAGCAGGGAGGGGUGUCAGUUUCACCGCCCGGUGAUGCUCCUCUGCCCGCCAUCUGCAGCCUUCCCUCCACCUCCGGUAAUAGCCGACCCAGUGCGGCGGAACCGGUGCUCAGCCUGCACUACAGCUCAGAGGGAACCACCACCAGCACCAUCAAACUGGACUUCACGGAUGAGUGGAGCAGCAGCACAUCCAGCUCUCUUGGUAGUGGAGGUCCCAAAGCGUCUGACACACUGCAGAGCCGAGAGACUUCAUCCACAGACACUUCUGUUCUUGAGCUACCCCCCUGUCACCCCUCAGGGCCACAAAGUGAGACAAGUACCUGCAAAGAUCCUCCAUGCGACGCCUCCUGCUCCAGUGGUUCCGCCGGGUUGUCCAUCCAGAGCCCGGUGGAGGGCUCCUCUUCUGAGGGGGGCGUCACAGAGAGGAGUACCUCUGACCCUCCCGAGGACACCUCUGGGGACUGCAGGAGACAGGAGCCCAGGGAGGAGGAGGUGAGGACGGAGGUAGAGGAGGGCCAAAGUCAGCCGGUGCGGGCAAACCAGGAGUCCGACGACAGCGAUGACGACCCCAUCCUCAUCCCUUCAACACGGUUCAGAGGACAGGGCCAGAGAUUAAAUUCCAGAGGAUCUGCAGUAGGAGAUAGAAUGAUCAGACGCUCGGCAGCCGCUCGCAUCCAGGAGCUGUUUCGUAGGAGAAAAGAAAGAAGAGAGAUGGAGGAGAGUGAGACGCAGAACAUCAGGAGGCCCUCAGUUAAAAUGGUGUACAAGGGCCACCGCAAUUCCCGUACAAUGAUAAAAGAGUCCUGUUUCUGGGGCAACAACUUUGUGAUGAGCGGCUCAGACUGCGGCCACAUCUUCAUCUGGGACAGGCACACCGCCGAGCACCUCAUGCUGCUGGAGGCCGACAACCACGUGGUCAACUGCCUGCAGCCGCACCCUUACGACCCCAUUCUGGCCUCCUCAGGGAUCGACUAUGACAUCAAAAUCUGGUCGCCGCUGGAGUCGUCACCGUCUUUCAACAGGCUGCUCGCUGAUGAGGUCAUAACCCGAAAUGAGCUGAUGCUGGAGGAGACGAGGAACACAAUCACAGUGCCUGCGUCCUUUAUGUUGCGAAUGCUGGCGUCCCUCAAUCACAUCCGAUCAGAUCGUCUCGAAGGUGACCGCUCCGAAGGUUCAGGCCAAGAAAACGAGUACGAGCAGUAAAGUAGAUUGGUGAUGACUCCUUAUUUUAAAGAAAACACUUUUUUUUUUUUUUUUUUUUUUUGCUCCAGAGCACUUCUUGAGAUUUGUACAAGUGUAGAAUACUU